AUGAUAUUCUUGCGAAUACUCGCUGCAGCAAUCUCAGGUGCUCUAGCAUUCAUCACCUACUUUCAUCAUGGCGAACACCAUCUCCAUGGUGCUAGAUACUUCAUGCAAUUCCUCGUAAUCUGCAGCAUCUCGACAGCAUAUCUCACUUGGAUUCAGGGACAUAACCUCAGCGAAUCCCUUCAGGCCACGUUCCGAAUUGCAACAUCCUUCCUGACCGGCCUGUGCACAACAUGUAUCCUCUACCGCCUCAGUCCCAUCCACCCACUCCACAAAUUCCCCGGUCCCCCCAAUGCCCGAAUUAGUACUCUCUGGCUCUUCUUCCAAGUCCUCAAACGGAAACAAGCGCAUCUCACACUGCUCGCCGCACACAAAGAAUACGGUCCAAUCGUUCGCAUAGGCUCAAACCAUUUAUCAAUCGUGCACCCCAGGGCCGUGGAGAAGAUUCAUCUUACAUGCCGCAAAGCGCCAUUUUACGAUCUCAAUAAACCGAUUACGUCUAUCCAGACUGCGCGGGAUAAGGCUCUACAUGAUCAGCGUCGGAGACUUUGGAGUAUGGCGUUCACUGAAACCAGAUUGCGCGAUUAUGAAACCAGCAUCAAGAAGAUUCACAAACAUCUUUUAGCGCGGAUUGAUCGGGAUUCGAAGGAUAAAGACGGCAGACCAAACAGACCGAUAAAUGCAACCCGUCUAAUCAACCAUUAUGCCUUUGAUGUCAUGGGUGAAGUCGCCUACGGGACGCAUUUCGAUAUGUUGGCCACGGGCAACAAUCAUCAAGCCAUUGACCUGUUAAAUGAAGCAAUGGCUAUGAUAGGGUUUAUGUUGCCGAUUUGGUUGAUUCGGGUUGCCGUUGCAAUACCAGGUCUAACGAGGAAGUGGUGGCAGUUUGUUGCGUAUUGUUUUGAGCAGAUGGAGAUAUGUAGAUCGUCAAAGACGAACUUGCCAUUUAUUGCAUCGUCUCUGCUUGGUCCGUGUAAGGAUCGAGACCCAACCCCAGAUGAGAAGCUAGUACUACAAGGAGAGGCGCAGUUGCUUGUAGUAGCCGGAAGCGAUACCACCUCCGCAGCCCUAACAUGUGCCCUCUACGAACUCGUACUCCAUCCUCAAAUCACAACUCAACUCCGCGAAGCCAUAUCUGCAUCCCUACAACCCGGCGACACAGAAGUUAGUGCAUGCAAUGUCCAAAAUCUGGAUAUCCUAAACGGCAUAAUCAAUGAAACACUCCGUCUCUAUCCGCCUAUACCUACUACAUUAUGGCGAUUGACCCCUGCGGAUGGCAUAUGGAUAGAUGAAGAGACAUAUAUUCCGGGGAAUGUCGUGGUAUCAACGCCUCACUAUGUCUUAGGACGAAGUAACAAUAUAUACGAACGACCCUACGACUUCAUCCCAGAACGAUGGUACUCCAAACCCAAAAUGGUCAAAUAUGCAAAAGCAUUUGCGCCAUUCACCAUCGGUAAAUAG